GCGAGUUAUGGCUCUACAGCUGAUAUCAUACUGGCAGUGCACCAGUAAAAAAUUGACGGAAUCUUCAUUUUCCAGGGGAUUACUAGGAUACGCUUCUUUGUAUGGAUUACACACGCAUCAAAGAAGAAAUUCACCACGCAAAUCACUUUCACUGAGCCACAGUUUAUGCAGUAAGGUGGAACUAAGCACUUCAAGAUGGCCAGGUGCAUCAGGACCUCUGACAAGAAGGUUCCAGGCAUGGCGAAUGCACCAGAAAUUUGGUGUACGCAACUGUUUUCACCCAGGAGCAAGUGCCAUGUCACGGGAUUAUGUUGGAAUUGCUUCUAAGGAAGUAACUGGGCGAGAGAUGCUGGUUGCACUUGCGUCAUAUGUUUGGCCCAAAGAUGCCCCUAAAGUUAAAGCCCGUGUGGUGACAGCACUUGGACUUCUAGUUGCAGCUAAGCUGGUCAAUGUGCAGGUACCAUUCAUUUUUAAGGAUGCAAUAAACUACUUGAAUGAGAACACAGGAGAUGCGCUGGCCAUGACAGAUCCUUCUUCUGCUGUGGCCACAACUGCUAUAUCUCUCAUGAUUGGAUAUGGAAUUGCCCGUACAGGAGCUGCUGGUUUCAAUGAACUUCGGAAUGCAGUGUUUGCUAAAGUUGCACAGAAUUCCAUCCGCAAGAUUGCAAAGAAUGUAUUUCUGCAUCUUCAUAGCCUAGAUCUGAACUUCCACUUGAGCAAACAAACUGGGGCACUGUCUAAAGCUAUUGACCGAGGCAGUCGUGGAAUUAACUUUGUAAUGUCAGCACUUGUGUUCAACGUUGUGCCUACAAUAUUUGAAGUGUCUCUAGUAUCAGGGAUAUUGGCUUACAAAUGUGGUUGGCAGUUUGCAACAGUGACAGUGGCAUCCAUUGUAACAUAUGCUGCAUUUACCCUGGGCAUAACACAGUGGCGUACUAGGUUCCGAGUUCAGAUGAAUAAAGCGGAGAAUGAAGCUGGAAACAAAGCCAUUGACUCUCUUAUCAACUAUGAGACUGUAAAGUAUUUCAACAAUGAGAAGUAUGAGGCAGACCGAUAUGACAUGUACCUUCAGAAGUAUGAGCAAGCCUCUUUGAAAACUGCAACAUCCUUGGCUCUGUUAAACUGGGGUCAGAAUGUAAUAUUCAGUGUUGCAUUGUCAGCCAUGAUGGUCCUAGCAACCAAGGAAAUAAUUGCAGGCAAUUUGACUGUUGGUGAUCUGGUGUUGGUUAAUGGGCUGUUAUUCCAGUUGUCACUACCACUUAACUUUUUGGGAUCAGUUUAUCGUGAAGUUCGUCAGGCUCUCAUUGACAUGCAGACCAUGUUCACACUUAUGAAACAACCUGCAUCUAUUGCGAAUGCUCAAAAUGCAGUAUCAUUGAGAAUUCCUCAGGGAGAGGCUUCAAUUACCUUCAACAAUAUCUGCUUUGGAUACAACAAAGAAAAUCCAAUAUUGAAUAAUUUAAGCUUUACUGUUCCGGCUGGCAAGAAGAUAGCCAUUGUAGGAGGUUCUGGAUCAGGAAAGUCCACACUCGUGCGCCUCCUGUAUCGUUUCUAUGACCCCUGCAGUGGCAGCAUCACCAUUAAUGGACAAGAUAUUAAUGGUGUAGCCCUGGAUAGUCUCAGACGUGCCAUCGCUGUUGUGCCACAGGAUUGUGUGCUGUUCCAUGACACAAUAUCAUACAACUUGAAAUAUGGAGACCUCACUAAGGACAAUAGCUGUGUGCAAGAAGUUUCUCAGUUGGCUGAACUCCAUGACUCUAUCCUCACCUGGAGCAAUGGUUAUGACACUCAGGUGGGAGAGCGGGGACUGAAGUUAUCUGGGGGAGAAAAGCAGCGUGUGGCAAUUGCACGAGCCAUUUUGAAAGAUGCCCCCAUCCUUAUCUUUGAUGAAGCAACAUCAUCCUUAGAUUCUAUUACUGAACAGAGCAUAAUGGAUGCCCUGAGAUGUGCAACGGCAGGAAGGACAUCCAUCUGUAUUGCUCAUCGUUUGUCAACUGUCAUUGAUGCUGAUGAGAUCCUUGUUCUGCAUGAAGGUCAGAUCACAGAGAGUGGUACUCAUGAAGAGCUACUUGCCCUAAAUGGCUAUUAUACCAGACUGUGGGCUUCACAGCAUCAUGUGUAAAGAAACCUGUGUUGAGGGCAGCAAAGUUGGGAACUGGUGAGGAGGAAGGGGCUGGUUGUGUUGAGGGUGUAGUGGUGGCAGGGUCACUAAACAAAGCCCUGCAGUUCCCCUCACAACCGCCUCGGUUCACUAUCCAUCACGCUUUUCCUAACAGCAACGUCUGACUUAGAAAGAGGGGUUUCAAGGGACAGGAGUUGGUAAAAGAGACUGAUGUGUCUUGAGAGGUUGCCAUUUGUCAUUUUAAAUACUGUAUAUUAAUCCUUCCGGGCCAUUUCAGAAGCCACGGACUUUUAAGAAGUAAAAUUCAUUGAUCUACAUAAUUGACUGCUCAGAGAAGGUCACUCAUGUACGUAGAUCUACAAAUUUGAUCAGUAUUGGGUUAAAUACUAGAAAUACUGCACUGAAGAAGUGUUAGAAAAAAAAUUUUCUUUAAAAAAAGGGGGACUAAGAAUGUUUCCCUCUGAGAGACUUUCAUUGGUCAUGUUAAAAUUUAUGCAGGGCAACUGGUCAACAGUAAGUUUCAUUAUGAAUAAAUAGAUUAUGAAUUUUGGAAGUUGUGAAUGAAAUAUUGGAUCAUCUUUCAUCUUACUGUUCUCCUCAUGAUUGUGUAGUGUGGAUCAAUGGAUACAGAAACUCAAAGGAUGGAGGGAAAUGGUGAAGGAGAGUAGUGUAAGCCAAUUGUAGCAAGUGGCAUAAAAUGGAUUAUAUGAUCUGAAAAUUGUAUGCUUGCACAUAUUUUCUAAAGAGUUUGUAGGUUCAAAGAAAUUUUAUAAUCAAGUACUGGGUAAUAAAAUUAUUUCAAAUAGCCAGUAAUUGGUUUAACAGAA